CGACGGGAUAUAUAGAAAAUAAAACGGACAAAUAGACAUUCCGACGGAUAGAAGAAAAUACACGACUCACAACUACAUAUACACCUAUAAUCACAAAACAAGAAGAAGAAAAGAUGCCGGUAGCAAACCUCCUCCAAGGCAAAACCGCCAUCAUCACAGGCGGCACGACGGGCAUCGGCCGCGCCAUCGCCCUCGAGUAUCUGCGACAAGGGUGCAACGUCGUGGUCAACCAUCUCGGACUCGAGAAAGACCAGCCACACCUCACGUCUCUCGUCGCCGAGGCCGAAGCUCUCAAAACCUCUUCCUCCUCCACAGUCACAACCCCCCCAACACAGACAAUAGGCAUCCUCUCCCACCUCGCAGGCGACGUCUCCGACCCCGCCACGGGCCCCUCCCUCGUCUCCCACGCCGUCGCGCAGUUCGGCCGCCUCGACAUCUGCGUCAGCAACGCCGGCAUCUGCCAGUUCGCCGACUUCCUCACGCUGACGGGGGACCUGUGGUCGCGCACGGUGCGCACCAACCUCGACGGCGCCUUCUACGUCGUGCAGGCCGCCGCGCAGCAGAUGGCGCAGCAGGAUCCCCUUCCCUCCUCCUCCACACAACAACAACAACACCGCGGCGCCAUAAUCGGCAUAAGUUCCAUCUCGGCCCUCGUGGGCGGCGGGCAGCAAGCGCACUACACGCCGACGAAAGCGGGCGUCUUGUCCCUGAUGCAGAGCUGCGCGGUGGCGCUGGGCAAGCACGGGAUCCGCUGCAAUGCGCUGCUGCCCGGGACGGUGCGCACCCAGCUCAACGACGAGGACCUCGCCGACGACAAGAAGCGCGCGUACAUGGAGGGGAGGAUACCGCUGGGGCGGACGGGGGACCCGAGGGACUUGGCGGGGCCGGCGGUCUUCCUGGCGUGCGAGGAGCUGAGCGGGUAUGUUACGGGGGCGCAGGUGUUGGUGGAUGGGGGGUUGUUUGUUAAUCUGCAGUGAUGGGUCUGUCUGUCUGUCUGCCAGUACGAGAUAGGUAUGAAUAGAUGGGUCAGAUAAGUCAGAUGAGACAGAUGGGAUAGAUGGGAUAGAUGGUUAUUAACUAGGUAGGCACCUACAAAGGUACCUAGCUAUGGAGUACCUAAACCGUACCACACACUAUGCUAUGCUAUGCUAUGCACUGGUUAUCCAUCUCUCUAUGCCCACUUCAAGAUGCACAUAUACCUACAUAGUAUAUAAAGUCACACGGAGAGCGAAAGAGGGGCUGUUACUUACUUAUGUAAAAAAUGUGGACAGAUGGAGAUAACACUCCUUAGGUACCUAUCCAUAU